AAUUUAUGUUUGGAACGUUCCAAAGUAGCGGAUAUUUUACACGUUCCAGGAACGUUCCGUGCUAUUAGGGUUUCGUUCAACUUCACUCUUCAGUUGUCACAGUCAGUCAAAGUUGCGCAUCGUGAUUGCAUACUUAUUGCGUCAGUCACGGCCAAUUGUCAACCUGUGAAUUAAAAUUAUAGAUAGAAGCUAGGUGCUAAUUGCAUUAUAAUCAUAACCUAAUAAACGAAUAAUUAAGAAGUGAUAUCGUCAUGGCCGUAUAUCGGCAACCAACAGGAGCCGAGCGAGCUUCAAUACCACCUCUUCAACCUUUCAAAUCAGAUUUGGGUAGAGAACAAUCUUGGCGUAAUUGGAAACAGGAUUUUCUAGAUUAUUUUUGUUUGUGUAAGUUCUCUGUCGAACCUACAGAUAGACAAUUAGCAUUUUUUCGUCACGUCUGUGGUAAGGAAUUGAAAGAUAUCUAUAGAGACAGAUUUAGAACCAUUACAGAAAGACCAUCAACACUAGAAUCUACACUAGAAUUUUUCGACAUUUAUUUUCUGGGUUAUCCUGAGAAACAUUCAUAUCGUUUGUUAUACUUAUAGCACAUCCAAAGCCAGUGUUGACUGAGAAAAAUUAACAAUUCACUUGGAGAUUAGAAACAAGAAAUGAGAACUACGAUCUCGUGCCAUAUAUUAUUCUCUGAAGAAUCUGAGAAACUGGCAUUAUUUCGUCACGUAUGUGGAGAGAAAUUGAAAGGAAUCUACAGAGCCAAGUACAAAACCAUGGAUGCGCGACCAAAGACACUUCAAUCAACUUUAGAGGAUUUGGAUGUUUAUUUUCUGAAUUACAAAGAAAAAACUGACUACAGCGUGUUGAGAACAGUUCAUCAGUUUGUUGAUUGAGACAAAUCUUUAACCUUGACAAUGCGCCACCUGAAACGCAAACUAUUAGAUAUCUCAAAGUUAUUACAGCGAUCUAAAUAAAAAGGAGCAGUAAAAAUUGAUUUCAAUCGAAAAUACUGUACUGAGAUAUAAAGUAAUUAUUUACUAUAACAUUUCUUGUUAAUAUAAAAUUCGAAUUCAAAUUUCUUCUCAUUAGUUCCAAAUUGGUAGCGCUUUGCAAAGAAAACUUUUACUUCAUAUUUCAACCUUUCAAUUCUUUGUUUAACCCUGAUCACUUGCAUGGGGUCAGAAUGACCCCAACCUCGACUCCAGACUAAAAUUUGAGUAGGAUUUGAGAAUUUUCGUAUACACCUUCAAAUAAUUUUCAUUUAAAAAUAACUACCAAUAUCUAAUUUUAUGUAUUAAAUAGCGUGUGUGAAUUGUUUCAAGUUGAAACCAUGUAUACAGUCAGUAUGACAACGUUUCAAAAGUUUCUGGGGGCAAUUUGACCCCGUGUAAGUAAUAUAUAUGGUAUCAUCUUUCAGAGGUAUACGUGAUGUGGGUUAAACAUUUUUGCAAGUAAAUUAAUAGAACAUUGCGUAUGAAUGAUAAUUAAGAAUGUUGACUGUAAGAGCCCAAAAUGUUAUAGCAGAGAGCCAAUGUUUUCAGCCUAUAUUUUGUCUCUAUAGUAUCGUUUUCAUGCGUUCAAAGAAUU